AUGGGCGUGACGAAAGAAGAUGCGCGCAGGAGCGCAGCGCAGGCGGUGCAGUACGAGGCUGAAGGAAAACGGUACAAUGCAUUGCAGAUGUACACAGAUGCGGUAGAAAAGUACCUCGAGCUUGCGCGAAGCACGCCGACAGAUCAGUCGUUGACGAUGCGCUUGUUGGCGCGCGCCGAACGAUUGCAGCGCACGCUUGCGGAGGACGGCGAAGGAGCGUACCCACGCUGGGAAAGCAAAGAAAAUUUCACGUUAGUGAGCACACCGGCGCUCUCUGCACGCCAGGUGCGCGAAGGUGCUUCGUACCGACGAAGCAAUGCGCCUAUCUACGACCCUAUGUCGCCCAUCCGCGGAGAUGGGAUCACUCAAGGCUCCGUCACAAACUGCUCGUUCGUCGCUGCAAUAUCGGCCGCAGCAGCGCAUGAUACUCGUUUCGGCACUUCGCUUGCGCACGGUGCAUUAUACCCACGCCUCGAUGCAGGUCCAUGCGCGGCCCUCGACGCGCGCCACACGGCACGCUUAUACCUAAACGGAUAUGCGCGGUGCAUUGCGGUGGAUGAGAAGCUGCCUAUGCGCGCGCCCGAUUCGUAUGCAUGUGCCAUGCCCGUCGGUCGGCCCCAGCUGUGGCCUGCAUUGCUCGAAAAAGCGUUUCUAGCUGCGCAAAGCUCUGACUAUGACUUCCAUGGAUCGGACGGGACAGCAGAUCUGUACAUGCUCACGAGUUGGAUCCCUGAGCACAUUGCGCUACACCAUGCGAGUUUCCAGCGCGAAAAAGGCUGGAUGCGAUUCUUUCGCGCGUGGCAAGAGGGGCGUUGCCUGCUCACGGCAGGCACAGGUGCACAGAUUGACGCAUCCGCCGCGCCAGCACUGCGUGAACUUAUUCCAGAGCAUUGCUACAGCGUUGUGGGGUUGUGCGAGACACAGUUGGAACGACAAGUGAUGUUGGUGAACCCUUGGGGCGCUGCCACGCUGCGGUGUACCUGGGAAGAAUUUUGCACUGCAUUCGACACGCUCGGCGUGAACUGGGACCCAAGUUGCUUUGCACACUCGUGCACUGUGCAUGGCUCGUGGGACGAGAGUUUUGAUGUGGGGCUGCGGCCCGAGCGCUCCGAUGUCGCAUUGAGCGACCAGUACCAGCUUGACGUGCCGCCCGAGACGCAAGUAUGGAUCCAUUUGGAGCGGCACAAGGGCUACAGUAGUACCUCUGAGCCAGAGUACAUUGCUCUACACGCAUUCCUGAACAACAUCGGCGAGCGCCGCGCACAGGUAGAACGCGGCGGGGAUAUGGGGACAUAUCUUGACGGACGGCACACGCUGCUGCGUAUUCCGGAGCACAGCCGUGCAGUACAGUAUGCCCUCGCCGUGUCGCGCCACGGGCCCGCGAUACGCCCUUAUCCGUCGUACACUGUGCAUGUAUACGCGCAAAACCCAGUAUCCAUGUACGCGCUGCACCACAAUUUUCCGUUUCACUGCGUUGUGCACGGAAAAUGGCAGGGCCGUGCAGCAGCUGGAAACUCGCACUCUCCAUGCUUCCGCCACAAUCCGCAGUUCCGUGUUGUGGUGCGCGAUGCGCCAGGCACGCUCCCAAGGCUCCAAGCGCUCUUAACGACGGACUCGGACAUCCCUGUGCACAUCGAUAUGCUGCGCUCGCAAAGCCAGCGCGUCACGAGCAUUGACACGCGUACCUUGCUCGCAAGUAGUGGAGCGUACACACACGGACUCGCACUUUGCAAUCUCCCGGCGAUCCAGCCAGGCACCAGCACACUCAUCGCCUCGACGUUUGAGCCACACAAAGCUUCGUUUACAUUGCAUGUCUACUGUACAAACGCGCUCGAUCUCGAGCCUAUACCCGCCGAAGGCGCAGGAAUGUACCACCGAAGCGCGUCACCGCGCACGCCGCCGUGUUGGAAUAUUGCCGUGCAGCGCACGGCUACUAUUUCACUGGUCGUCGCCGCGCGCGGCCAAGGCCCUCGGCUUGCCUUGUGCGAUUCACAAGGUGGUUGUGUGACACAGAGUGGCCCUACGCCUGAACCGUGCUCCCAGCUCACCGCCAAGCUUGAAUGCGGCGCGUACACGCUGACCGUGUCCGACACACCCAUCUCAGUAGACGUAUACAGCACUGAGCCGUGCACGCUCACGUAA